AUGCUUACUGCGGAUAAGAAAAUUGUUGGUAAUGUGAUUAUUACAGGGGGCCCAAAUGGAGAAUUAAACUUUGAAAAUGGUGGAGAGGUUAUAGGAAAUGUUGGGGAUGAACAAAAUGCCAUAAAGGUUAUUCACAUCCAACAAGGGAUUGUUAAAUUUGCAAAUACUAAUCUAAGAACUAUAGAUAUAUCUGGUUUAUUCUCAGAUCACGACAGAUUGAUUCGGUUGCAAGCGUUGGGUUAUCAGCCAAACUAUAAGACCAAAAUAGUUGUUGAUGAUUUUAAUAUCAGUGAUAAUGCCGGAGCGCAGUUCAAUGAUGCAGUUUUUAUUGGAAAGACAGUACCUAAUAAUAGUACAAUGAAAGGUGGUAACUUGGAGUUUAAAGAUGAUGUAUGGCUCAAUAAUGCAAUAGAGAAAGCAGAUAAAAUUAAGUUUGCUGCUAAUAAAUUUGCGGUACUAGCAAACAAUAUUAAAGCUCAAGAUAUUAAUGCUGAACAAGCCAAAGUGAUAAUAGCAAAUGAUAUGAGUAUUAAGGGUAGUAAUUUUACUGCUCCAGGUAUGCUAUUGGAUUUAGGUGAUAAAACGCUAACUUUUGGUAUAACUGGAGCAUUUAAAGGAACUCUGACAAUUAAUACUACCUACAAUAGCGCAGUACCUCUAGAAAGUGGUCGUAUAAAAAUAGCUGCAGACGGGAAAAUGCUUCUUUCAGAAAUAGAUAAGAUAGCUAUUAACGUUUUUAUUGCAGGUGAGCAGCCAGUAACAGGUACUAAAUACCGAUUAGUGCAGCCAGAAGAUGAGACUAAUAGCGACAAUAAUAUUAUUGAUGGUCUUAAUAAAGACCGACCAAAGACCAUUGUACAGUUAAAUAAAGAUCAAACUUACUUUACCGAAUGGGAAGUAGAUGCAGAUGGUAAGAAUUUAUUUUUAUAUAGUACAUUACAAAACUGUGAAGAGGUUCAGAAGGAGGCGAGUGAAACCCUAAAAGCAAAAGAAGCAGAACUAGCAUCAGUUAAGGCAGCUUUAGCGGAAGCUACCAAAGACAACGCAGCACUAGUGGAAGAGCUGGCUAAACGAGUAAAACAAGCUCAAGACGCAUUAGAAGAGGAGAAGACCAAGCUAGUAGACCUAGAACAAGCUAAGACAGAUGCGGAAACAAACGCUACUCGAGCAAAACAAGCUGAAGGAAGACUAACAGAAGAUUUAGCACAAGCUAAAGCAAAGGUAGAAAUAGAAGCUAAGGAAUUAGCAGCAGCUAAAGCAGAACUAAAAAAAGCUAAACAAGAUAUAGCAGACCUAGAACAAGCUAAGACAGAUGCGGAAACAAACGCUACUCGAGCAAAACAAGCUGAAGGAAGACUAACAGAAGAUUUAGCACAAGCUAAAGCAGAGGUAGAAAUAGAAGCUAAGGAUACUGACACAUAUGCUCGGGAAUUAGCAGCAGCUAAAGCAGAACUAAAAAAAGCUAAACAAGAUAUAGCAGACCUAGAACAAGUUAAGAUAGCAGAACUAGCACAAGUUAAGAUAGAUGCAGAAACAAAAGCUAAGGCAUUAAAAGAAUCAAUCGUUCAACAAGCAUUUGCUCAAAACGCAGAACAGAAAGAAUUUGCUGAUCAGUUAAAUAAUGUUACUGAUAGCGCAAGCGAUGCUGCUAGAUUUUAUAGUAGUUUAGGACGAUUUAAUAAUGUAGAAGAUGCUAGAGACGCAGUACAGAGACUUGCUUCUCGUACCGUGCCACCAGCAGUAGUAAUGCCCCCCC